GCAGAGACCAAGGAACAGUGCUCCACAGGGAAAUUUACUACCAGUGGGGAAUGCUGCCAAGCCUGUAACUCUGGGGAAGGAGUUGCCAAACCUUGCGGAGUAAACCAAACUGUUUGUGAACCUUGCUUGGACAGCAUCAGCUAUUCAGACACGGUGAGUGCCACUGAGCCAUGCAAGCCCUGUAAGGAGUGUGUGGGCCUGGAGAGCAUGUUGGCUCCUUGUGUGGAAUCAGACAACACCAUCUGCAAAUGCAUCUAUGGCUUCUAUCUGGACGAGAACAAUAAUUGUAAAAAGUGCCGCAUCUGUGAAAUAGGCUACGGGCUUGUCUAUCCUUGUGGGGAGAAUCAGAACACGUUGUGUGAGAAAUGCCCGGCAGGGACGUAUUCUGAUGAAGCCAACCAUGUGGACCCCUGCUUCCCUUGCACAGUGUGUGAGGAGGAUGAAAUCAUUGAGAAGAACUGUACUCCAACUUCAGACGCCAAGUGCAGAGAUUUUUACCCAGGGACUCCCAAAAGUCCCUUUCCUGUUACAAAUUUUUCAGAGACUCUGGAUAUUUCGGAGACCACUGUAAUGAGCACCACAAUGACCACUGUUAUGGGCAGCUCCCAGCCUGUCAUUAGAAGUGGGACAGCUGAUAACCUCAUCCCUGUCUACUGCUCCAUUUUGGCAGCUGUGGUGGUGGGUCUGGUGGCAUAUAUUGCCUUCAAGAGGUGGAACAGCUGCAAACAGAACAAACAAGGUGCCAACAACCGUCCUGUCAACCAGACACCUUCCCCAGAAGGAGAGAAACUUCAUAGUGACAGCGGCAUCUCGGUUGAUAGUCAAAGCCUCCACGAUCAACAGCCACCAACACAAACAGCAUCUCUACAAGGUCUUAAAGGAGAUGGGAAUCUUUACACUAGCCUGCCCCCUAACAAACGCGAGGAGGUUGAAAAGCUGUUGAACGGUUCCACAGAGGAGACAUGGCGUCACCUGGCCGGAGAACUAGGCUACAAGGAAGAUCACAUAGACUCCUUUACACAAGAGGAAUACCCCGUUCGUGCGCUGCUCUCUGAUUGGUCCAGCAAGGACAGUUCCACCAUGGAUGCCCUUUAUUCAGCCUUGCGCAAGAUUCAAAGGGGGGACAUUGUGGAAAGCCUUUACAGUGAAUCCACUGCUAGCUCUCCAGUGUGAAGGAGGAAGAGGGGGCAGAGGUUAGCUCUCAGUUAGCUCCUCAUUUCCCCUGCCCCACUGGUGCCUCUUGGAAGAAGAACAUGUGAAGGAAAAAUAGAGCUCAUUCUUUCCGGGGACACUGGAACAAUCCUGUAAGCACUGAUUGUUAUUUAGUUAUUUUUCCCUCUCUGCCCUACCGUCCUGGUAUUUUCGUCCAAUAGUUCCUGCUAGUAACAGAUAAUAAGAUGGUAAAAGCAAAUGAAAGAAGGGAAAGGAAAUGGAUGUCUUGUUUAUACUCUAUAUGCUCCUUAAAAUCUCCUGGACCUAUAGUGGACUGCUGAUUCUGAACUGAGACAAGAAUGAAGAAAGACAUCCGUCCAAAGCGAAUUGCUUGACUUCUCUUUCAGGUGCCUCUGACAUUCAUCCCAUGUGCUUCUCUCAUGAUCCCAUCGACAUUAGUUCUCUUUCUUCUCUUGUACAUCUUCUUUCCUUCAGCCACCAGUUUACCCUAUUCAAGCACAUCUGAAAUCAGGAAGAAAAAAAAACCAAGGAGACCAGCCAGAUAUGCUACAGAGUGAUGGAUUCAAAGAAGGCAGAGAGAGCAGGAAUGCUGGGCCUGAAACUAGGAGACAUAUGGUGUUUAGAGGACAAAGUGAACAUUUGUUUUGAGGCAACCUCCUGGAGGGUCUCUGAGUGGGGAGAAAAGAAAUGUGGACCAGGUUUCUAGCUAUCAAAACUGACAAUAUGAAGAUCAAAGUGAGAAGUUAAGGGAUGGAACCCAAAGAGAAAAUAACCACAUUUCCAUCCAAGUAUUGGUGACCACAUCAAGACUAUAUUUGAUCCUACCCUUGUUUUCUUGCUCAGAUUCAUUCUUCCUAGCUAAUAAGGAUUUUUUUUUAAAAAAAACAACCUUUUCUCUUUUUCUCUUUUUGGGUCUGACUCAAACCAGUUUAAAGUCAUAUAAACCCUUGUUUAAAGGAGCCAGAUAGUGGCCGCCUUGCGUCGCCAUGUGCAAAUGGGUGGCAAUAUAAAUUUCCUAAAUAAAUAAAAUAAGCCACACUGAUGAGUGGACCUAAUCAGAAGCAAACAAAGCAAGUGGUCAGACAUAUUCAUUCAUUUUCCAAGGUAUGCUGCUUUGAUGAAGCCACAACCUCUACGUUCUUCUUCAAACUGGUAAACCAAUCACUGUGUGUUAAGAAGCUGUUAUCUCUAUUGCGUUAUAAGGGGAAGCAAGCAAAAAAAAAUCCCUUAGUGGCCUUACUGCACAAAGUAGGGAGCAAUCUAUAUGAAAACAUAGCUAUUCUCAGAGGUAGAAUUUUGUUGAAUGUUAUUCCUGUGUCAAGCCACUAAAGCAACCUGGUAUUUUCUGUUUUCAAAUAUUAGAGGGAUAUGACAGUACUAUGGGGAUAACAUGGUGGGGAAAUUCUACAAGCUAACAAGAAUCACCAAAAGCUCUUGGGCAAAAAAGAGAGAGAGAGAGAAAGAGAAAGAACUAGAACUGAACAUUUCCCUCCCUCUGUUUGUAUUACAAGAUUAAUGUUGCUUUCUUUUAUUCUUAUUUUGAUGGUAUUCAUAUAGACCGGAUGAAAAGAAAUGGUGGCAUUUGAAAGCUGAUAGGGUUUUAAACAGUUGACUGGGUUGUUCAUGGGAAUUUAGCUGCUCAUCUUGUUUCUCUGAUUUAAAACCAUGGAGAAGAAAUCUCUCCAUCAUAUGUAUGCACGCACACGUAUAUAUAAAUAUAUACUUAGAAAGUAAUGGGAAUACUUCCUGGGGAAUGUUAGUUAGGAAUGCUAAUUAAUUUCCUUUCUCAACCAAGAGAUGAUUAGGGAAGCUUGGCAGGCUGCACAAAGUGUUGCUAUUCUGAUCAUUUUUCUGUCAUCAUACCAGUUUUAAUGGUUUGCCUCAUCAGAAAACUUUUAUUUUAACCUUGACAUUUUUGCUGUCAACAAAACUUAGUAGCAAUUUUAAAUAGGAUAGUACAAACAGAUUGAGAAAAGUUAAUUACAUUUUUGCUUUCUAUUUAAAAACUUUUUACAGAACAACUAAAAUCAUGUCUUUAUUCAUAGAAUGUUGCUAUUACAUAACAAUGAUAAUAAAGCAACCAGAGGAAGAGCUAAUAAUAUAUCUUCUUAAAUUGUUUAGAAGAAAAAUAUGGAGAUACAUGGACGUACUUGUGGCCUUGCUGAUUUUGGGUCUAACUACUGGCCCACCUAGCUUAACAUUCUUCUUUGAUCUGGAAGCAAUCUUCAUUUAUUCAGACAUAAGCCUUUUUGUAUCAAUUCUGAAACCCAAGGUCCCUUUUUAUGGCAUGAAGGGCAAAAUGCUUGUGAAGAAUAUCUCUUCUUGUAGAGAUAUGUGCCUUGUGUUCAGUGACUAUACCAAAGAAGCAAAACAGUGCCAAAUGGUUUUGCUUUUCUUGAACAUGCAAUUAAACAACUCUGCCUUUUAAGAUCUACAUUAAGCCUGCCAUUUUUCUUUGGGGACAACCAAAUCUAUACAGAUUAAGAGAUACAGGCAAGAUAGAAACCCCACAGGAAUUUCGGAUUAUAGCGAACUAUAGCAAAAUUUAGCAGGUAAAUUUUGGCACAUGACACAUAUGAUUUGGAGCUUUUCCUGCAAAAGAGAGAAAGCCCUUCUUCUAAAUAAUAUUCCUUAUUGUUCUGAAGACAGAGUAGGAACAAGAAAACCAAUAAAUAUAAAAGACUGAAUGAUUAGUAUUCCUGAAUAAUAAAACUAUGAGGUAUAAAUUGUCAUAUUGUAACUGUGUUUUGCAACAGCUACAUCUCUUCCCAAAAUCAUGUUACCAACUGCAUAAUCCUAGGAAAAGAUGGGACUAUUUUUUAAAUGUCGCAGAGACAUCCUAUGUCAAAGCUUCUUUUUGGAAUGAAAUCAGAAAUGUGGUACAGUUGUGUUAAAUAUCAUAAUCAUGUGAUUGAUUUGCACUGUUAGUACUUGCAUAUGAAGACCCCCUCCUCAUAUAUGACUAAGAAGGACACAGUGUCAGUGAAUUACAGUGCCUUUGGAGUACAACUUUUUCUUUUAACCCAGGAAAUUUUUAUGGGCUGUUCUUAUGUUAACAGCCCAUAAAAAGAGAGGGAAAUAUGAUAUGGCAAAGAAAGGCAGAGCUUAGUUGAAAUUUGGCCUAUUUUACCUGGAGUAAAAUAGAGUAUAUCUCUAUAGCAGAGCCAUGCUUAGUUGUAAAG